AUGAUACCGAAGCCCAGCAAGCAAUCAAAAGGAAACGAGAAUAAUUGGUGCGACGGAGAUCUGGAGUCUUCCUUCGGUCAUAGUGCUCCAGUAUUCAAGCUUCUUCCGGCGAGGAAGCUCCGCCUUUGCUCUGCUGCUAUACCCGUUGCGCAGGAGCUUAAUGACCAAGGACUUUGAUAGAGAUGAAUCAAUUCUCAAAUGCCUUUUCAUUGCUAAAUUUGGAUGUUGCAGAUCGCCAGGAUGAAAUCCGAACUGAUAUUACUAAUGGGGGCACUGGUAGAGUAAACAGAAAAGGUAAAGGAAAGGACAAAUAUGGCAGCCCAGGAGAGAUGGAAGUACUUGAACAUGAAAAAGAGGAUCAGAAGUCAGUUUCAGGAGAGUACAAAUUGCCGCUUGUAUGGAUUGACCUUGAGAUGACCGGUUUGAAUAUUGAAGUUGAUAGGAUAUUGGAGAUUGCUUGUGUAGUUACAGAUGGAAGUUUGACGAAAUCAAUUGAGGGUCCGGAUUUGGUUAUAAAUCAACCUAAGGAGUGUCUAGACAAAAUGGGUGAAUGGUGUCAAGAGCAUCAUGCAGCUAGUGGUUUGACCGAGAGGGUGCUUAAGAGUACAGUCACUGAAGAAGAAGCUGAGAAACAGGCUAUUGAAUUUGUCAAGAGAAACAUUGGCACAUAUACACCAUUACUAGCAGGAAAUUCAGUCUACGUGGAUUUUCAAUUUUUGAAGAAAUACAUGCCGAAUCUGGCUAGUCUUUUUUCACAUGUACUAGUUGAUGUCAGCAGUGUCAAGGCAUUGUGUGUUCGUUGGUUUCCAAGAGAUAGCAAAAGGGCUCCUAAAAAGGAAAGCAAGCAUAGAGCCAUGGAUGACAUUAAGGAGAGCAUAGCAGAACUCAAAUACUUCAAGGAACACAUAUUCAAGGCCUCCAAGUCUAAUUAGUGACUUCGUUACGGGUUUUACUUCUGGUCCCACAAUUUGGUAUUAAAGUGGUGAAGGUCUCUUGUUGUAUGUGAAGUAUGAAACAUUGUGCUUAACAAUAGGUCGUUUGGUAGGAGGUAUUAGAAAAAAUAGUGUAAGCAUUAACUCUAUGCAUUACUAAUACCUUGUUUGAUACA